AUGGUGUGCUUGGCUUCCUCGAUAAAACCUCAGGCCAGCCCUUGCUCGGACCUCCUCCUCGCCCCCCAAGACAGACCCCGCUGGGACGCCGACGCCCGCAGGACCCACAGCCAGGCCUGCACGGGCAAGAGCCGGCUGAGCGCGCAGGAGAAGCUCGACAUCGUGUGCAUGUUCUACUCGGCGCCAGCGUCGACGAGGUGCCGGAGGACGGUGCACCAGUGGGACAUCGCCAAGGCGUACGGGAAGAGCCGGGCGGCGAUCAGCAAGGUGCUGAAGCCGGAGUACGCGCUAGGGGUGAUGAAGACGGCGGAGGGGCUACAAAUGAAGGGGCGGACUAUGGUGCUGAGAGCCAUCAGGGAAGAGUCGAAGAAGAAGAAAAUGCAGCGGCAGCAUCAGCAGCAGAAACAGAAGGGAGACACUCAUGAAAAAGCUCGCCAGAAAAGAACAUGA